CCCACAUAGAAGGCAGAUUCUUUACUGUCUGAGCCACCAGGACGCCCUAUAAAGAAGAGGCAGGGUAAUGUAUGAAGUUCUAGUGACUGCUCAUGUGUGUUUAGUGACAGAAGUAUGUAAAUGUGUGUCAAUGUGGGGAGAAUCAGAGCAGUAUGAGCUCUGGAAUAUGCUAGUGAGUGUCAGAAUAUUGUAAAGAUAGUGUGUUCCUGAGUGCCUGAGAUUUGUUGAGGUUCCAGGCAGUGGCACCCCACUCCAGUACUCUUGCCUGGAAAAUCACAUGGAUGGAGGAGCCUGGUGGGCUGCAGUCAAUGGGGUCUCGAAGAGUCGGACACGACUGAGUGACUUCACUUUCACUUUUCACUUUCAUGCAUUGGAGAAGGAAAUGGCAACCCACUUUAGUGUUCUUGCCUGGAGAAUCCCAGGGACAGGGGAGCCUGGUCUAUGGGGUCACACAGAAUCAGACACGACUGAAGUGACUUAGCAGCAGCAGCAGGGAAUGCUAAUGGAGGAUAGAGCUAUGGAGAAGAUCUUGUGUGCAAUAAAGAAGAUGAGGGCUGUGAAGGGAUCCAGUUGUCAACCAACAGGGGUUAUAGCUGAGGAAGAGUUGAAGCAAAGAGAAAUAAAAGAAGAGAAUAUGUGAUGGUCUAGGUGUGCUAAAGUGGAUUAGAGCCAUGGAGGGCUGAAGUGCGCUACUGGGACUCUGGGCUGGAUGAAGAUCUGUGUGUGCUAAUGAGGGUCAGGCCAUUAUAGAACAGCGUGUUUGUGUGUCCCUGGAGAAUGGGGCUGAGUACAGGUUCAGGGUGUGCUAAUGGGGAGGCACUGUGAGGCCCGGUGCAUGGUAAUAGGGGUCAGGGUGAAGUGAAGGUCCAGCCUGUGCUGAUGGGAAGUGGGGAGACAGGGUAGUGGGAGGACCAGAAGACAUGUUAAUAAUGAUCAGGCUGUGGAGGGGUCUGAGUAUGGGCAAAAACAGGUUCAGGGAUCUGCAAGAUUCACUUUGUGUUAAUGGGAUUCAGGGCAGUGCGAAGGUCCAGUGAGUGCUAAUGUAGGUUACUCUCUACAGCUGUAGAGGGUCCCAAGUGCAUGUAAAUAGGGAUCAGAAUCUUGCUGGGGAACAGUGAGUGCUGUGGAGAAGCUAACAGGCAGCAUGUGGUGCUAAGAGUUAACUUAGAGGAGCCGGCUGGGUGCUAACAGAGUUCAGUGUUCUGAUGAGGCUUUGUAUGCUAAUAGGGUCAAAGAUAAAUAGGGACAUUGCGGUGCUGUUGGCAGUUAAAAUGCAGAGAAGCCUUCCUGAGGGUCCAGUGUGUACUGAAGGAAGCAGGACACUGAGAGUCCAGUGUGUGCUUAUGGGAUGAUGUGCCUGAACAGAAUGAGGAUGGUAUGUUCCUAUGGGAGUUACUAGAAUGUGAUCGUUGUGUCCUCAGUGGCUGGUGUGAUGUGAGGUGGUGAGUAUCCUUGGGUAUGAAAAUAUUUUGAGGAUGGAAACAUCCCCUUGGAGAGUCAAAAAGAACAUGUGCCCUUUUUUGAGUGUGGUUGUGUAUCCAGUUUCUUGCUUCCUCAUUCACUAUUCUAAAAUCUAAAAAUCUGAGAAAACUGAGAUGAUAUUUAAAAGUUUUAUUGCAUGUUAAUGUUCAAGUGUCUCUGCUCACAGGACCUGGUGCAGGGUCCCCCUGCUGGGAGCAUUGCAUGAAACACAGGUUUUGUACCCCCAUCUUCCUAAAAUCUCCCCAAAACUAAGCCCUGGAACAUGUCCAGCCCUUGGAAUUUCCACUUAGAGGUCAUGGACCCAUGGCUCCUUCUGGCUCCUUCCUCCAUCCAGCCCUACUUACAAUACACUCCCCUGACCCCCCUCAGAUCCCCUAUUCCCUUCCACAACAGGCAAAACAACUGGGUAUCCAUGCCAUAUGGACAGACACAAGAGUCUUUGGGGACUAGCCAUGCUUCAUCUUCCUCAGCCUCAGGUCCAGUGUUCACUCUCCUGGGUCUUUUUGCUCUUGUUAUCCCAGGUUGGACUUCAUCCUCUUUAUUGAGGUCUUUUCUGCUAGGCUGGCCCCUCUACCCUUUUGGGGGUGAUGAAUUCAGGCAGGCAGAAGUGGGGUGUGGGGACCACUGGGGUAAGCACCUGAUUUCACGGUAACAGAUGAUUCACUUCUCUACUCAAAUCCAGCCCCAGCCCAGCCUCCUAUCUAGCUUCCCUUGGGCCCAGGGCCAUCUUAGGCCAUGCUGUGAGUCCAGAUGGUCCCUGGGCCAGGUCUUUCCCCCUCCUUGCUGGCCCAGAGCCAGGAGGAAGCAAAAGAAGGCCAGCCUAAGCCUUUUGGUGGCCCCGUUCCUGCCAGCAGCCCCAUCUAGGUCAUCAUCUUGCCAAUGCCAGUGUCCCUGGGCCACCUUGUCUGGGGUUGUUAAUGAGUAGCGGGGACUCACCCUGACAAAUGUUGGUCCUAGGUCCUUAGCUCUUGAUUCAUUAAUUUCUGCCAUGAGCACUUUUUGAGCACCUGCUCUGUAUCAGUCACUGUUCCCGGUCCUCAGGAUAUAGCUGUGACCGAAACAGACAUCCAUCUAUCCUGGCAGAGCUGAUCUUCUAGUUAUGGUGGUGAGGAGACAGUAAAGAAUAAAGAAACCAAUAAGUAGAUGGUGUGAUUUCUGAGGAGAUGAUAAGUGCUGAGGGGACAAUUGACAAGGUGAGGGAGCUCAGGAUGGUUCAGAUUUUAAAUAGGGUUAUUCAUGGUUAUCUAUGAAAAAAAGUGAUAUUUGAGCAGUGGCCUAAAGGGGGUGAGGGGGUGAGCUACUUUGAAAUCUAGUGGAAGAGUAUUCUAAGUACCGGAAACAGCCACUGCAAAGGCCCUGAGGAGGGACUUCUAGUUGCAGAACAGCAAUGAGCAGUGAGGUGAGGCCAGAAGGGUAGUAGUGUGAGUGGGGUAAGACCUUGUGGGCCACAUGAAGGACUGAGAUGUUUAUUUGGGGUGAUAAGGGACACAUAGUACAUUCUCAGCUAGACAAGAAAUGUGACCUGGCUUGUAAAAAUCUCGGUGGGACCCUGUGGUCCAAACCUGAUGGAACCUUUCCAGCAACUCUCAGGAUAGCUGGUGUACUUUGAGAUCCCCCCACAACCCCACCCAGUGGUUGGGUCUGGGCAGGAAACCUCUCCCUCUCCCUGCACCCCUCAUCUGGGUAGCCCAGUGGGGUAGUCCACUAGUCACCUUGACGAUGGUUGCUGGGGGAGGAUGGUUGCUGGGGGAGGCGGGAGGGACCUUGUGGCCACGGGGAGCGUUUUGCCUUGGCAGUUGGGGGUGAUGUGGGGCUGGUGCCAGCGGAACAUGCCAUUGUAUGGACAUCCCUGGGGCCGUGUCAGUGGUCUCAGGGUCCUGAGAGAGUCCCCCACCUCACCAAUGGCUGGGUCCAUCAGUGCCGCUGCACCUGAGAAUGCCUGCUGUAGAGCCCUCUGCUCUCACAGUGAGGCUGCCCCCAAAGGGGCCAACACUUCACCAGUUGUGCCCUUUCCCUCAGCCAGCCACCCAAGCCUUAGUACCCAGGUGGGCUCUUAGGAGCAGGGUCUGCUGGGUCUGGUUGGUGUAGGUGGCAGGCACUGACUGAGGUCUGCAUCCGUGCCAGGUUUCCAGGAAUCCUGCGUGAUUCCAGGGUUCCACAGUGGUUGGGUGGGCACUGCCGUAGGUUCUUGUCAGUGCGCCUCACUGGGUUUGAGGGGGCCCAUGAGGGUCAGGCGACUGCUAGGGUGGGACCCAUUCCCAUCCCUACGCCCUGCUCAGGUCGCCAUGGAUCGGAUGAAGAAGAUCAAACGGCAGCUGUCAAUGACACUCCGAGGGGGCCGAGGUAUAGAUAAGACCAAUGGUGCCCCUGAACAGAUAGGCCUGGAUGAGAGUGGCGGGGGCGGCGGCAGUGACCUUGGAGAGGCCCCCACACGUGCUGCCCCUGGGGAACCUCGCUCUGUACGGGGCCCACUCAGCUCUGCACCAGAGAUUGUGCAUGAGGACUUGAAGAUGGGGUCUGACGGGGAAAGUGACCAGGCUUCAGCCACGUCCUCCGAUGAGGUGCAGUCACCAGUGAGGGUGCGCAUGCGCAACCAUCCCCCACGCAAGAUCUCCACUGAGGACAUCAACAAGCGCCUAUCACUACCAGCUGACAUCCGGCUGCCAGAGGGCUACCUUGAGAAGCUGACCCUCAACAGCCCCAUCUUUGACAAGCCCCUCAGCCGCCGUCUCCGCCGUGUCAGCUUGUCUGAGAUCGGCUUUGGGAAACUGGAGACCUACAUCAAGUUGGACAAGCUGGGAGAGGGUACCUAUGCCACUGUCUACAAAGGCAAAAGCAAGCUCACAGACAACCUUGUGGCACUCAAGGAGAUCAGACUGGAACAUGAAGAGGGGGCACCCUGCACCGCCAUCCGGGAAGUGUCCCUGCUCAAGGACCUCAAACACGCCAACAUCGUCACGCUACAUGACAUUAUUCACACGGAGAAGUCCCUCACCCUUGUCUUUGAGUACCUGGACAAGGACCUGAAGCAGUACCUGGAUGACUGUGGGAACAUCAUCAACAUGCACAACGUGAAACUGUUCCUGUUCCAGCUGCUCCGUGGCCUGGCCUACUGCCACCGGCAGAAGGUGCUACACCGAGACCUCAAGCCACAGAACCUACUCAUCAAUGAGCGAGGAGAGCUCAAGCUGGCUGACUUCGGCCUGGCCCGGGCCAAGUCAAUUCCAACGAAGACCUACUCCAACGAGGUGGUAACACUGUGGUACCGGCCCCCUGACAUCCUGCUCGGGUCCACGGACUACUCCACUCAGAUUGACAUGUGGGGUGUGGGCUGCAUCUUCUAUGAGAUGGCCACAGGCCGGCCCCUCUUCCCAGGCUCCACAGUGGAGGAGCAGCUGCACUUCAUCUUCCGCAUCUUGGGAACCCCAAAUGAAGAUACAUGGCCAGGCAUCCUGUCCAAUGAAGAGUUCAGGACAUACAACUACCCCAAGUACCGAGCCGAGGCCCUUUUGAGCCAUGCACCCCGAGUUGACAGCGACGGGGCUGACCUCCUCACCAAGCUGCUGCAGUUUGAAGGUCGCAAUCGGAUCUCCGCAGAGGAUGCCAUGAAACAUCCAUUCUUCCUCAGUCUGGGGGAUCGGAUCCACAAACUUCCUGACACUACUUCCAUAUUUGCACUAAAGGAGAUCCAGCUACAAAAGGAGGCCAGCAUUCGAUCUUCGUCAAUGCCUGACUCAGGCAGGCCAGCUUAUCGAGUGGUGGACACCGAAUUCUAAGCCACAGACCGAGGCCCCAGCAGGCAGCAGCUGGAGGGAUGCCACACCCCUCUCACAGGGCAGCCCCCAACUGCAUCCUCCCUGCUUGCUGCCUGCCUACCUGCCUGACUCAUGCUCCCAUGCCCACAUGUCCCCUGCUGCCUGUCUGAACAUCCGACCAUUGGCCUGUUGGCCCACCCAUUGGCCUGUCUGCUGGGUGCUAACAAAGCUCUCAUCGCUCCUUCGCCUGGUCUGUCUGUCUGUCUGUCUGUGUCUCUUUCUCUCUCUGUCUUGGUAGUUGCUGGUGGACAGCGUGGCCGUGCCAGCCUCCCACACUGAAGCCAGGCCUAGACCUCUCCCCAUCAUACCCUCCCCCAGGACCACUACCCCAUGGCCAUCCAGGGGUCUGGAGCUAGCCCAGGCUGGGGAUCUCGACUCAGACAAGACAUGGUGAUGCCUUGGGUCUGAGGCUCCCCUUCCUGCUUUCCUGCCUCAUGUUGUGUGGGCCUUGUUUGUUUGUUUCAUUCAUUGUUGUUUUUUUAAUUAUUUUAAAUGAGGUUUUCAUUUUUUAAAUGCAAUAUCUCUGUAUACAGACUGCUGGGCCCCACUCACUGUGUGUGGCCCUCCCACAGUAUUUUGUGCAAUGAAGCCCUGCUCCCAGCCUUUUCAUGGCAGGGACAUAGCCCCUAUUCAGAACCCUGAUCAUCACCAGACCCUGGGGUCAGCUAAGGGAAAGCAUGCCUUGACAACUCGCCUUCCAACCCCCACCUGCCAUCCCCAGCCACAGGGGGACUUGGGGACUACUGGAGACUCUCUGGGAGAUGGAUGAGGUGGGGGGCCCCCACUCUUUCCCUCCUGCAGUCCCAUAGCUGGGGCUUCCUUCUCAGGGUCUCCCUAGCCCAGCCCUCCUGCCCCCAUCCCGCACGGUGCUGUUGAGUAGGGGCCCUGCCAGGAACUGACCAACUCAGCAAUGGAGCCAUAGUGUAUAUAUGCGCACAAGCAGGGACAGAGGGGCGCAUGGGAGGUUGUGCCCAGGCAUUACCCCAUAACCUCUGGGAAAAGUGAGACAGGGCAGGGACAGUCUCUGGGGUCAAUUCCCAGAUGGGUGGUUACCUUCCCUUCCUCUACUCUAAACCCUGGGGCCCUCAGAUGGGGUGGGAGGGCAGGGGCAGGGGCCCUCCUGGGGGAGUUGGGAGGGGUGGGUUCCUGAAUGCACCGUAAUCGCUGUAUGAAAUAUUAAAAAGUCUAAAGUGAAAAA